CUAAUUCUACUAUUCUAUUAUUUUAUUUUUAUUAUUUUUUGUUCAUAACUUUACCAAAAAAAAAAAAUCUUUACGCCUGAAAAAGGAAUGAUGAAGAUAAUCUUAUCGAUCUUAAUUGCUCUUCAGAUGAUUGAAUAUCAGAAAGCCAAGUAACGAAUAAGGAAUUGCCAACUAUCUAUCUUAAUCAGGGUGUCAUGGCACAAGAUUUUACAAAUGGAUGGAAGUGUCAAGCUGGUAUCCUCAUGUUCCAUCUGUUAGUCUCUUGUACUCUGGGAAUUUCCUGUGCUUCCAAUAUUUCAACGAGCCAACAAAAGUUCCAGUGUUCUAAAGAAAUCUCGGAAAACUAUACAGAAAACAUGGAGGGGAACAUAUUUCUGAUAGAUCUGAAUGGUUCUGAAGAUUAUGGCAUGGUAAGCGGUAAUGAUAAGAACAACAAUGACCUGCCAGGUUUGUGUUUGAUAGCUAAGGUCAGGCAAAGUUCAGAAACAAACUUUACCAAUUCCCUUAGUUGCGAAUUAGUCGCCUUAGAAAUUUACCCCAGAAUUCCUUUCCACGUGAUAGAACCUGCUCAAGAAUCCGCUAACAUAGCUUGCUAAAUGAUUUAUAUACCUUACUAAACGGAAGUUGUAAAUACAAUUACAUGGUUAAUUUACGAAAAAUUUGCGACUUAAUUUUGUAUCAUUACCAAUAAUAAUAAUAAUAAUAAUAAUAAUAAAAAUGUUAAUGUAA